UUUCAUGGCUUACGCUUCAACGAGAUGACACGCAAGACCCCUAGCAGAAUUACUACACAAGUUGGCUUCUGCAAAUAAGCAUGUCCCCUAACCUUUGCGUUUCCCACAUUCCCAAAUGGAACACUUUCUACAACAAACCCCAAACCCACUUUCUCUUCGGGCGCUCCAAAAGCUUCCGGGUCGUAACCCCCGAAACCCGUUUCCGACUCGCCGUGUCAGAGAACGAGGAAGCUGUUUCUGGGUUCCAAAAGCUUCUCGGAAAACGGGUCGGGUUCGUGGCGUCCAUUUUACCCGGUGGCAGCUGGUGGACCUUAUCGGAGCACCGGGAAGAAGACGCGGAGCAGCCGACGGCGGUGAUGCUCGCUCUCCGGCGAAUGUGGGAAUUAGUCGCCGAUAAGCGAUGGGUUGCGAUUGUGGCCUUCGGGUCCCUUGCUGUCGCUGCUCUAUCAGAAAUAACCAUGCCGAGUAUAUUGGCGGCAUCAAUAUUUUCAGCUGAGAGUGGUGAGACCGUGGCGUUUUCAAGGAAUGCAUUCUUUUUGGUUCUUCUGUGUUUCACUUCAGGGAUAUGCAGUGGUCUGCGUAGCGGCUGCUUUGGAAUUUUGAAUGUAACCUUGGUACGGCGUCUGCAAGAAAAUUUAUUCACAGCCAUUCUUUUUCAGGAUAUAUCCUAUUUUGAUAAAGAAAAAGUUGGUGACUUGACAAGCAGGCUUGCAGCAGAUUGUCAACGACUAUCCCAUGUUAUAGGAAAUGAUCUACAUUUGAUAUUACGCAACACAUUGCAGGGAACAGGAGCAAUAAUAAAUUUGCUGACUUUAUCUUGGCCAUUGGCAUCAUCUGCCUUGGUGAUUUGUUCUAUGUUAUCUGCAAUUUUCGUGGUUUAUGGCCAAUAUCAAAGAAAAGCAGCAAAACUAACCCAAGAUUUCACAGCUUGUGCCAAUGACGUAGCCCAGGAAACAAUUUCUUCAAUAAGAAUUGUUCGAGCUUAUGGAGCAGGAAAAAAAGAAUUUGGAAGGUACAAGCAAUGGCUACAGAGAUUAGCAUAUAUAAACCGUCGAGAGAGCGUUGCUUAUGGGUUCUGGAACUUGAGCUUUAACACCUUAUACCGUUCAACUCAGAUAUUUGCAGUGCUGUUAGGAGGGAUGUCUGUUCUUGGUUGUUGUGUAACUGUGGAGCAACUUACUAAGUAUGUAUUGUACUGCGAGUGGUUGAUUUAUGCUACUUGGAGGGUGACAAACAGUUUAUCAUCAUUAUUGCAGUCCAUUGGAGCUUCUGAAAAAACUUUCCAACUGAUGAAUCUUUUGCCCAGUGACCAAUUUUUAGCUAAAGGAGUGAAGUUGCAGAGGUUAAUGGGGCAUAUUCAGUUUGUAAAUGUAUCAUUUCAUUAUCCUGCAAGGAUGAUGAUGCCUGUUCUAGAACACUUAAACUUCACUGUAGAAGCAAAUCAAGUCAUUGCCAUAGUUGGUCUGAGUGGUAGUGGAAAGAGCACUUUACUCAACCUUUUACUUCGUCUCUAUGAGCCUAGUAGUGGUCAGAUAUAUAUUGAUGGAUUCCCUCUUACAGAGUUGGAUAUCAGAUGGCUGAGGCAGAACAUCGGAUAUGUUGCGCAGGAACCCCAUCUCUUUAACAUGGACAUCAAGUCAAAUAUAGAAUAUGGUUGCCCUAGGAAAAUAAAACAAGAAGAUAUCGAACUGGCAGCAAAACAGGCCUCUGCCCAUGACUUUAUUUCUUCACUUCCUAAUGGCUAUGAAACCCUCGUGGAUGAUAAUGCACUUAGUGGGGGACAAAAGCAACGGAUUGCCAUCGCCAGGGCCAUUCUUAGGGACCCAGUGAUUAUGAUACUUGAUGAAGCAACCAGUGCUCUAGAUGCUGAGAGUGAGCAUGAUAUCAAGGAGGUGCUGUAUGCAUUAAAAGAUGAAUCUAAAUCAAGAACCAUCAUUAUCAUAGCACAUAGGCUUUCUACUAUAAAAGCUGCUGACAGGAUAUUUGUUAUGGAUGAUGGUCGAAUCAUUGAGAUGGGAAACCAUGAUGAACUUCUGCUCAAGGAUGGACUCUAUGCAAAAUUAAAUAAAAUUCAAACAGAUAUUUUGACUUGAUUCAAGUUAGGGUUUAAGAUUUUGAAAGGAGAGGAGGGACAUGUGAACAGUGUUGUCAUGUAUCAAUUUAUUUAGGGAUUUAUAUUGAAAGGAGAAGUUCUCUCACUUCCAGACACAGUUAAUGUGGGACCAUCUGUAGAGAAAAAAUAAAAAUGAACAAAUAUUGUUAUCGAUGUCUCC